AUGGAUUGCGCACUACCAAGCACAGUGUCGCAUGGUUGGAGAAGCAUCUGUGUGGGCCGAGACCUUCUGAAACCGCAUGUGGGACGAGCAAUCGGGGAUGGGAAAACCACAAGAGUGUGGAGCGAACCAUGGAUCUCGUUAGACAGACAAGCGUGCCCUAUGGGACCCCCAUCGGAGAAAACAAAAGACAUGUUAGUGGCAGAACUUCUUUCUCCUAACACAAACAGCUGGGACAGAAAGAAACUACAAGAGAUCAUACCUCAACAUGAAAAUGAAAUACUCGAGCUACAACCUAGCAAACUGGGAGCACAUGACAAAUACAUCUGGACACCCUCGGAGUCUGGAAUCUAUUCAGCAAAAUCAGGGUACUAUGAAUCCCUGAAAACAAGUGAAGAAGAGAGUGAGGGCCUGGAGAACCAAACACAAGACUUCGACUGGAUAAAGAACAUUUGGAAGGUGAACACUUCCCAGAAAACCAAAAUGCUCAUGUGGAGAACGAUGAAUGGAGCGCUACCGGUGGGAGAAAACCUGAGGGCAAGGAACAUCAAUCUCAACAUCAUAUGCCCACACUGUGGUGGAGAAGAAACCACAGAACACUUGUUGUUUCACUGCACAUAUGCUGCCCAAAUCUGGAGGAAGAUUCCGAGUAAGGAGCAAAUAGAGCCAAUGAGAAUUGAUACAUUUAAGGCAGGUUUGGAACUCUCACCUUCGAUAGUCUGCUUGCCGCCGACGGGUAUUGGAGAAGGCCCAAUUUUCCCUUGGAUCGUGUGGGCAAUAUGGAUCGCGAGAAAAAACCAAUUGAUAUUCGAAAAUUGUCGUCAAUCACAGGAGGAAACGCUGACUAAGGCACUGGUAGCUGCAAGAGAAUGGCAAAGCGCACAACACCAAAUUAAACGGAAGGAACAAAACCAGAGUCAAGCCGGAAGAAGAGAUUUUAGUCGGGGAAACCUGACUCGAAAUCGGAGAGGAACCACAUGCAAGACCGACGCCGCGUGGAGAGGAGACAACAAAUCAGCGGGAUUCGGCUGGGUCUUCUACAACACCAUGCCGGAUCAACGGGAGGAACUCAUUCAACAAGGAGAAGGCGCAACAAGCCAUAUCAGAUCACCAGUGAUGGCAGAGGGUAUGGCGAUGCUGAUGGCUUUCACACGAGCAAGAGAUAUCGGCAUCAACACAAUCACAAUAGCUUCAGAUUUGCUUCAGCUAAUCAAAGCAAUCAACAAGGAGUCUUCCUCAAAAGAGCUCCACGGGAUUCUACAUGAUAUCCUGGAUCUAUCCUUAGUUUUCGAUUCAAUUUCGUUUGUUCAUGUCGCAAGAGAAGCGAACCGUCAGGCGGAUGGUUUAGCAAAAAACGCUUUGCGUAAUUUCUGUAGUGAACCGGUUUGA